GUAUUGCUCUAUCUGUGCAGUGACUCUAACCACAGUCAGCUUUCUUAUUCUUUAGCUGUAAAUGCUUCCUUUCCUUGGAGUUUCAGAUUACAAAAUCUUCUGGUUCACUUUCUGAGAGAUUUACAAUUUUUUUUUCUUUUUUACUAUUUUACCUUAACACAUACCCACUUACAACUUGCUUCCUGUCCUGCAAUAUCUGGACACCGCUGAAGAAAUUUCUGAAGAGGCUCAUCCAUAAUUUUGAGAGAUGGUGAAUCAGUUCAAGAAAAUUGUUCUUCUGUUAGGUUUAGAACGUAUCAGUGACUAUAACUUUAGAGUGGUUAAGUCCUUACUGACCCAUGACCUACAACUGACUAAGAAAAUGCGAGAUGACUAUGACAGAAUUAAGAUUGCAGACUUACUAGAAGAAAAGUUCCAAAGGGAUGCCGGAUUGAGCAAACUGAUAGAAGUAUGCCAAGAUAUUCCAGAACUCGAAGACCGUGUUGAUAUGCUUAGAAAAGAGAUGGAAAAAGUUAAAAAUAAAAACAAAAGAAAAGCUAAAACUGCUGCAAAAAGACGGAGGCAGGAUGAAUCCAGUACUUCCCAGCUUACCUCUGAUACAAAGGAAGGUUCGGAACUAGAACCAACUGUGAAGAUGCCUUCAUCAGAGAAAAGUGAAGAUACAAUCAACACAUCACCUGACAUCGUGACAACACCAUUACUCCAGGAAGAGAACAACCUUCCAGAACUUUCAGCAACCAACACAUGCCCAGCUGAGAGUGAACCCCAGGCUCCUCAAGGGAUUCCAACAACAGUCUCCAGCAGCCUCCAGAUCCCCCGGCAGCCUCAAAAAACACCAUCCUCCAUAUUGACAACAUCUCGGGAUCCUUCAGAACCAUGUUCCACCAGUGACUGGGCUUCCCAGGUAUCUCCCAUGACAGCGUUUAGCAGCAACCCGACCAUCCACAAUUCUCUGGCAACAUCAACACUUUCUUAUAGUCGCCAAGCUUCUCUGGAGUCUCCAAAAACAAUGCCCAGCAGUGUUCUGGCCUUUCAGGGAACCCCAGCAACACUGUCCAGCAAUGUCCCAGCCUUGCAGAUGACCACAGCAACAGUGACCAAGAGUAUUCAGGACACUUGGAGGCCUCAAGCAACAGUGCCCAGCAGUGACCCAGCCAUUCAGAUGACUCCAGCAACAAUGACCAGUGGUCAUAAUAGCCCUCAUGUGUCUGCAGCAAAAGUAUUCAGCAGUUACAAUACCCCUAAGGUCCUUCCAGUGACAGUGCCCAGCAGAUUUCAGGCCUUUCAGGUAACUUCAGCAAAAAUGCCCAGCGGUCACAAUAGUACUCAAGUGUCUGCAGCAACAGGAUCCAGCGGUUACAGUAACCCCCAGGCGACCCCAGCAACAAUGCCCACCAGUAUUAAUUGUCCUCCGACGUCUCCAACAACACAGCCCAGCAAUCUUAGGGCUCCUCAGGUACCUUCGGCAACAGUGCCCAGCAUUUCCACUGCUACUUCGCCGUCUCCAGAAACACCUCAUAAGAAACAAAGAUGGAAGACUUUACCCAAACAACCUUCUGAGGAAGAUGGCCUCCAACACGGUUCCAAACAAGUAAUGGUGUUAAAAGCAACAGAACCAUUUACGUAUGACAUGAGAGAAGACAAAAGGAUGUUCCAUGCCACAGUGGCUACUGAGACUGAAUUCUUUAGAGUGAAGGUGUUUGACAUAGCUCUAAAGGAAAUGUUCAUCCCCAGGAAAGUCAUUGUCAUCUCAGAUUAUAUUGGCUACAAUGGGUUUCUAGAGAUAUACGGAGCCUCCUGCGUAUCUGAGGUGAAUGGGAUAAUGAAUAUCCCACUUUCACUGAGACAAAGAGCCACGGCAACACCUAAAAUUAAUACUAUCUGUACACAAAGAGUAGGAACAUUUGUGAAUGGAGUCUUUGCAGUAUAUAGUAGGACAGCAAGGAAUGAAUUCAUUCACUACGGAAUAGAAGACAGAACAGGGAAGAUGGAAGUGGUGGUGUAUGGACAAUUUACCAGUAUCUACUGUGAGCCAGGGGAUAAACUCAGACUCUUCUGCUUUGAACUGAGCUCAAGUAUGAACAUGUGGCAGCUGAGAUCUGUGAGGCACAGUUACAUGCAGGUCAUCCAGUCUCGGAAGAGAGACACAGAACCACCCAAUCCCGAUUCAGUUAUUGAAACAGCCCUACCCUCUUAUUCAUUGACACAUGAACAACACUGGCAAUGAUGUUUAUGGUGCUAAGAUGCAAGUGCAGAAGAAAAAUGUACAUACGGCAAAUGGUGAAAUAAAAUACAUACAAAAUCCAGCUCUAAGUUUUAGGAAAUAGUGCUUUCUUUUCUUUGUUGUU